CAGGAGGAGAGAUGGACCACAGAAGAACCAGCGGAAGCAAGAUUCUCACCUUCACCACAGUGGCGUACAUGCUGGUGAUGUCCACAGCCAUCCACAUCAACGACCUGCUGGACCGGGCCUCGCAGCGCUCCGACCGGCUGCACCUGCUCAGCACCAUGCUCACCCAGGAGAUGGACUCUCAUUUGCCCCUGCUGGGCCGGCUAACGAUGCCCCGCGCUGCCAUGUGCCACACCUCCCCGCUGCAGACGCCCAUGGACAAAGAGCAGACGCUGCAAAUCUCUGAGUCUGCACUGAUGUCGCUGGCUCGUUCUCUGCUCCAAGCGUGGGUCCAGCCGCUGGUGGCCCUGUCCAACUCAGUGACCGCUCUGCCGGACCCGGCCCAGAGCAGCAUCUCCAGCAAGCUGCAGGAGCUGCAGGAGCACUUCAGACACCUGGGAGACGGUCUGGAUAUACUGUCUGCAAGGAUGGAUCCGUCUGCACAGGCCAUCUCCUCGCUGCCCUACACAGGAACCACAGACCUGGGCGAGAGCAGCAUUAACUUUCUGCUGUCCUGCCUCCGCCGGGACUCCAACAAGAUCGACAGCUUCCUGAAAGUCCUACGCUGCCGCGCAGCAGAGAUGCACUCGGAGUUGUGCUAGAGAGGAGGGAGGCCUGCUUGUACUGUCUCCUGUAUGAAAAACCAGCACGUGUGAAGAAUCUGCUGCCGUAGAUAAAAAUCUAAUUCGUACUUAGCGAGUUUUCUGAGGAUGGAA